UCAAAGAUACAUGUUCCGCGUUUCACCAUGUGGUAAAAACUUAUGUGGUAAACAAACGUUUACCGGUUUCCUCUUCCAGUUGUUAAAUAAUAUUUUUGUGCUCAGGCGGCAAUGCCAAGAAACCAAACUAAAAUUAUGUCUAAAAGAGGGAAGUAUGCAAACGUGCGCAAAAGAAAAAUGAGCAAGCCGGUCAUAGAUGGUACCCCCAAGCAUAAAGCUCGCUCCAAUAAAACUAUCUUGCAAAUGUCAGCAGAUAUGACUGAAGGCAUGGAAGAAGCGUAUCGUAAAACAGUACUCUGUGAAAUUAGCCACCAAGAACACGUGAACCGAUUAUUGCCAAUAAAAGUCAAAGGCAAAGGGCUGAUAAACCGAACUGCUCCUAAGCAGAUAAAGGAUGAUGCUAGCGUAUGCUCUUCUGAUCUUGAUAACAAACAGUCUGCAGAAGAUAUAUUUGACGAUAAGCCGAAUGAACAGCAAGUAGUUUCAUUGGCCGAAAUUUUGCUUAAACGUGAUGAGGAAAUAAGAGAAAAACAAUUUUUCAUUGGAACGACUUGUGCGGCAAUACUUGAAAAUCCGGAAGCAAGAAUUGAGAACAUUGGUGUGCUCUUAGAUCUAUUAAACGAAGUAAAUCGAGAUGGUUCCAUCAAUUUUCUACCUGUUAGAAAAACGGCAAUGAUAUCCCUCGUAGAAGUAUUUAAAGAUAUUGUUCCAGAAUAUCGGAUUGGCAUUGUUGACAAAGAACAUCAAAAGUUGAAAAAAGAUACGCUUGCACGCGUUAAUUUUGAGAACAAGCUCUUAACUUACUAUAAGCAAUUAUUGAAACACAUCGAAGGUAUCACGAGUAAAUACACUAAGAAGCUUCUUCGUUCGGAAAAACAGUCCGUAGAAACACGGCAACUAUUAGAAAUGGCUGUGCAAUGUAUGUGCGACCUAGUGUUAGCACAUCCAUAUUUCAAUUACAGUCCCAAUCUUGUACAAGUACUAGUGUUGAUGUUGAAUAACACUAAAGAGACUAUACGUAAAAUGGUACACACUUGCUUUAGUGUUUUGUUUAAAACGGAUGCUCGAUUAGAUUUGACUCAACAUACUGUUCGCCAUAUCAACAUGCUAAUAAAGAAAAAACAACGAAACGUGUUUCCUGAAAUGAUAUCCUGCUUGAAAAACCUUCAAAUUCAUCGAAUAAAUAUGAACGAUGAUAAGUUGCUGGAAGUAAAAAAGCAAAAACUCGAAAAGCAAAAAUCGUACGUAAUCAACAUGUCUCGGAAGGAACGUAAACGCAAGAAAAAGUUGCAAGAACUUGAAAAGGAUAUUUUUGAAACAAAAGCAGAGGAGAGCAAGCAAAUUGUGCGUCGAAAAUUGACAGAAAUUUCGAAGUUGACGUUCAUGAUUUAUUUCAAAAUUCUUAAAUGUUACCCCGAUUCUAAAGUGCUGAGCGCAACAUUGGAAGGACUAUCGAAAUUUGCGCACACUAUUAACAUCGAUUUUUUUGCUGACCUAGUUGAGUUAUUGAACAAUCUGUUGGAAAACGUGGAAUUGGGAUAUAGGGAGCAAUUGCACUGCAUUCAAACGGUGUUCAUCAUACUUAGUGGACAAGGAGAAGUUCUAAACAUUGAUCCGGCAAGAUUUUACUCGCAUUUUUACAAAAAUUUACUGUACGUAAAUGCAGGAAAAAACCACGAUGAUAUGCAGACUAUUAUCAAAACAUUGGAUGUCAUUUUAUUCAAACGUCGUCGAAACGUAACAUAUCACCGCUACGUGAGCUUUGUGAAACGGCUUGCAACGCUAUGCCUACAGGUGCUCCCCAAUGGAUGCCUAGGUCUUAUAUCUUUAAUUCGAAGCUGUAUGCACAUGAAUCAACAACUGGACAUCCUGCUUGACUCUGAAGCGGUCGUAGGUUCGGGGAAAUUCGAUCCUUUUAAUGAUGAACCGGAAUUCGCUAAUGCUAAUUGUACUGCACUUUUUGAAAGUAGCUGCUUGGUACGGCACUACCACCCCUUAAUUCGCAAAAUGGUAAUGAAUGUCCUUAAAGGUUCUGACAGCGUUCCCAUCAAUUCCGGGCGAACUUUAACGCCGGACGAAUACUACACUAACUACGAUUGCACGGAAAUGGUAUUCAACCCGGAGAUUGCACCACCAUCACAGGUCAAAUAUGGUAAAAAUUAUCAAAGAUUAGUAGGGAGUAAAAUACUGAAAAGAAAAACUCUGAGCAAACUUUCACUUCGCAUGAAGGAUGGUACUGUAAUUGGAAAAUCAAAGGAAGGUUCCAAAGGGUUGUUCCAUGAUUAUUUUAUGGAUUACAUUCAAAUGUCAAAAAUGAAGAAAACAUCAUUGCCGGAUAAUUAAGUGCGCAUGAACUGCAAAAAUAAAACAUGUUUGGUAAUUCAUUCAA